AAACUUCUUUAAACUCAAGCAAAAAUAUAUACUCGAAUCAUUUUUGCAACAGAAAAUUAUAUAUUAAAAGACACGCAGACACGCCGGAGACGGGCUGGAGUACGGCUAAUGAAGCGCUCGCCGGGCGAACGACAACAGCAACAACGACACUAAUGACGAUGAUAAUAAUGAUGACAAUAAUGAUGCGAAUGAUGACAAAACAUGGUCGGAGAAUGACAAGCGCCCACUAAUUAUGAUAAAUGCAAUGUAGAUAAUAAGCAAAAUCCCAAAGAACCAACAGCUCGAAGCAAGUGAAACACACACACACACGCACGCAUACACACACACACUGCACAAGGAACUCCCGCGUGGAAACAAGAAAAGAGAAGAAGAGGCAGCAGCAGCAGCAGAAGCAGAAGCAGAAGCGCCAACAAUGUCAAAAUAUCAAAAACUUGACAACGCGUUGGCACCCACAAUGCACGAUGACGAUUACGAUGAGAGUUUUUCACUCUAUGGGGAUGAUAAGCAGCAUCAAGAGCAGCAGCAGCAGCAUACCAAUCCUAGCAGCAAUCUUAUAAGACUGAAUAACAGCACUCAUAUGCCAAAUGGUAAUCCCAAAUAUCACUAUAACUCCUCCCCCAACAACAACAACAACAUCAACAACAACAACAGCAGCAGCAGCAAUGGGAAUGGGAGUGGCAAUGGCAAUCUGAAUCCAAUGAGGGGCAGCAGAGCCGAAGCCUUGGAUCUGGAGGAGCACACGUGGGAGGUGCCAUUGCUGCGCAGCGGCGGYGGCAGCAGCAGCAACAAUAGUCACAUUAAUUUGCAGCAGCUGGAUACGAGCAUCGACACUUUUGUCGCCUGUCGCAGCGCUCAGCCGGGCUUUGGCGCGAACCUUAAAAGCAAAUCGGCGCAGGAGGCGAAAUUUAAAAUUCUGCUUGCAAUUUCGCUCUGUUGCAUAUUCAUGAUUAUUGAAUUCCUUGGCGGCUAUAUAGCCGGAAGUCUGGCCAUAAUGGCCGAUGCGGCGCAUUUGGCAUCUGAUUGCAUUAGUUUCGUCAUCGGCCUGGUCGCCAUUUGGCUGGGCGCCCGACCGCCAGAUGCACGCAUGUCCUUCGGUUACAAACGUUUUGAGGUCGUCGGCGCCUUGAUCUCCAUCCUGGGCAUUUGGCUGCUGACGGCAAUGCUCGUCAUUGUUGCCAUCGAACGCAUUUGGUCGCUGCAGUUCGAGCUAGAUGUUAAUGUCAUGAUGUGGAUAUCGGCCAUUGGCAUUGUCAUCAAUGUUGUCAUGAUGUUCGUAUUGCAUGGCUCCUGGUUUAUGGGGCCCAGUGGCCAUGGCCACAGUCACAGUCACGGUCACAGUCACAAUCACAAUCACAAUCACAAUCACAGUCACAGUCACAGUCACGGUGAUGGGCAUGGGUGUGAAACAAUUGGAAGCCCCAGCGAGGACGCGCAUAAUGUUGUCAUGGCAAAUGGCUUAAAGUCAAUCCAGCCCAAUGGUAGGUCGAGCGAACGCAAUCUUAACCUGCGAGCCGCAAUGAUUCAUGUGAUUGGGGAUCUGGUGCAGAGCAUCGGCGUCUUUCUGGCGGCCAUACUAAUCAAAUUCUAUCCGGGCGCCAAGUUCGUGGAUCCAUUGUGUACGCUGCUCUUCUCGAUAAUUGUGAUUAUGACCACAGUGCAGCUGUUCCGUGAGUCUGUCGGCGUCCUCUUGGAUGCGGUGCCGCGGAAUGUGUGCCUGGCGACGCUGCAGCACGAGCUGUCCGGCAUUGAGGGUGUCAAAUCGGUACAUCAUGUGAAUGUCUGGCAGCAUACGAGCGACUACAAUGUGCUGAUGGCUCAUCUGGUUGUGGAUAUGCUAAGCGACCCGAAUGUUGUGCUGGAGCUGGCCACCCAACUGGCCUGUGGCAGCAGAUACAAUAUCAAACAUGCGACCAUACAAAUCGAACGUUUGACUGAAAAUAUGUUAGACAACAACAGCAAUUUAUAUACGAAACGACCAAAAAGGCGUCUGGCGCGGCAACAAUUCAUGUGAUCCUAUUGAGAGAUA